AUGUCCCGCCCAGCGCCCCGCAAGGGCGAAAAUUACGAAUUAAGAGCGGAUCUCAACUCUGAGUAUCGUGACCGGCGAAAAGAUGCGAUUAAACGCGUCAUUGCGAACAUGACAGUCGGGAAGGAUGUAUCUGGUCUCUUUCCCGACGUGCUGAAGAACAUGCAGACCGAAGAUCUCGAACAAAAGAAACUAGUCUAUCUCUAUCUCAUGAACUACGCGAAAUCUCAGCCUGAGCUUGUCAUUCUUGCAGUGAAUACGUUUGUCAAGGAUUCUAAUGAUCCUAACCCUCUUGUCCGAGCACUGGCAAUUCGAACAAUGGGCUGCUUACGCGCUGAGAAAAUUAUCGAUUAUCUCUCGGAUCCGCUUCACAAGGCGCUCAAGGACCAAGACCCUUAUGUCCGCAAGACUGCCGCGCUCUGUGUUGCCAAACUUUACGAACUCAAACCCGAAUUAGCAAUCGACAAUGGGUUCCUCGAGCAGCUCCUUGAUAUGGUUUCAGACAGCAACCCAAUGGUUGUCUCCAAUGCCGUCGCUGCUCUCGUUGACAUUCACACAACCACGCUUGAAAUGUCCGAGCCUGACAGCCGAGGACUCUUCGAGCUCAGCCAAGACAUCCUUUCCAAACUCCUUGUCGCACUCAACGAAUGCUCAGAAUGGGGCCAGGCCGAGCAUAUUUGUGAAAGAAUUAUGCCUCAGUUCCAGCACGUGAAUGGUAGUGUCGUUUUGGCUGCCAUCAAGGCAGUCAUGACGCAUAUCAAGCAUGUAACUCGCCAACAACUCCAAACCCAACUUAUCCGCAAGAUGGCACCUCCUUUGGUUUCGCUUAUCUCUGCUGAGCCAGAGGUUCAGUGGGUCGCCUUGCGAAAUAUUAAUCUACUGCUCCAGGUUGAGCCGAACCUACUUCAGAAUGAAAUGCGUGUUUUCUUCUGCAAGUACAACGACCCUCCCUAUGUCAAGGUUGAAAAACUAGAUAUCAUGGUCCGACUGGCUGCGGAAAAGAACGUAGAUACGCUGCUGAGUGAACUGAAAGAGCGAGCCACCUCACCUUCUACAUAUGCAUCUGAAGCCGAUGUGGAAUUCGUCAGGCGUGCGAUUAAAACCAUUGGACACUGCGCUAUCAAGAUCGAGGCCUCGGCCGAAAGAUGUGUCAAUGUUCUACUGGACCUUAUUGCAACAAGGGUCAGCUACGUUGUUCAGGAGGCUAUUGUGGCCGUAAAGGAUAUCCUGCGUAAAUACCCCUCGCGCUAUGAAGGUGUGAUCCCAAUAGUGUGCACUGCUCUCGAAGAGCUCGAUGAACCAGAAGCCCGCGCCAGUCUGGUUUGGAUCGUUGGUGAACACGCGGAGAAGAUCGAUAACGCUGGUGAUUUGCUCGAAGGAUUUGUGGAUUCGUUCCUAGAAGAAGCAUAUCCGGUGCAACUUCAGAUCCUUGCGGCAACAGUUAAACUCUUCCUGAAGAAACCUGGGCCAUCCCAAGCUGUCGUCCAACGCGUGUUACAAACCGCUACGAAAGACUGCGAUAGUCCCGACGUCCGUGAUCGGGCGUACAUAUACUGGAGGCUGCUAUCUUUGAGCUCCGAUGCAGGUGCAGGUAAAUCUGUUAUCCUCGCUAUGCGACCACCUAUCGAGCUACCACGUACAUCUCUCCCUGUGCCGGUGCUCGAGGAGCUUAUUCGCGACCUGUCGAGUCUUGCAAGCGUUUACCACAAGCCUGCAGAGACAUUUAUUGGAACUGGACGUAUGGGUGCAUCUGGUUCAAAGGGAUUAGGCGCCGACCUCGAAGAAGAUGUCGAGCGUGCGUUACAGACCGUAGCCGCAGGCCGGAAAGCAGAGAACCUGCUCGACUUUGAUGAGCCCGUGUCUGGGGGCACGGGUCAGACCAAUUCGCUCGCGAACCUCAACCUCACGACCAGUCCGGCCGCGAUCCUCACUUCAUCAAACCCGCUGGCCGACUUGGCCGAUAUAUUCGGCAGCGACUCGAUGAGUCUAGGAGGAAGCAACGCAGCUGUUAUGUCCCCCACGACGGCUGGGUCGCCGAAUAUGCACACACUCUCGCUCCUCGUUGCCCUGGGCGCUGCCCUCUCUGCUGCUGCAUCGCAGAUUCACCACCGUCCUGAAAACUUCCUUACCAAGGCCGCCCCUAACACCCCUCCCUCCAACCGUACCGUUACUCCCCAGCCUCUUCACGAGCGCGUCGCCGUCCUCGAUAAGCGUGCCAAUGGCAAGGUUAACAUUGGUUACUUUGUAAACUGGGGCAUUUAUGCGCGUGCCUUCUACCCCCAAAACAUCGAUGCUAGCAAGUUGACCCAUGUUCUCUACAGCUUUGCUGAUACCGACCCUUCGACUGGUGCCAUCAAAUUGUCUGACCCCGAUGCUGACAGGCGAAACACUGGUAACUUCAAGCAACUAUACCUCCUCAAGCAGAAGAACCGCUCUCUCAAGGUUCUCCUUUCCAUCGGAGGAUGGACUUACUCUCAGGCCGGGCACUUCAACUUCGUGACCAACCCUUCAGCCCGCGCAACCUUCGUCUCUUCAGCCAUCACCCUUCUUGAGGACAAUGGUCUUGACGGAAUUGAUAUUGACUACGAGUACCCCGCUGCGGGAGCUCAGGCCCAAGGCUACGCCUCACUUCUUUCUGAGCUCAGGGCUGCUCUCGACGCACACGCAGCCAAGAAGGGCGAGUCUAACCCCUACCAAAUUACCGUGAGCCGCUGUCCCAGCUGGCAAGUCCAACUACCAAAACCUGUUGGUUUCCCAAAUGGACAAGUCGUUGACUUCUGGAACUUGAUGGCAUACGAUUAUGCGGGCUCCUGGUCCACUACUUCCGACGACCAAGCCAACCUUUACGGACCAACCAACUCUGACACCGAUACUGAUUCCGCCAUCAAAUGGUACACUGCCAACGGUGCUACUACCAGCAAAAUUGUCAUGGGUCUUCCUCUGUACGGUCGCGCAUUCGAGAGCACCAAUGGGAUUCGCCAACCUUUCAACGGAAUUGGCCCCGGUACUUGGGAGGCAGGCGUAUACGACUACAAGGCCCUUCCUUUAGCCGGCGCCGCUGUUUUCGAAGAUUCAUCUCGUGGAUCCAGCUACAGCUACGACUCUUCCAAGAAGGAGCUUGUCUCUUACGAUACUCCCAACGUCAUCCGCCAAAAGGCCGCAUACAUCAAGAGCAAGGGUCUCGGUGGAGGAAUGUUCUGGGAACUUUCCUCGGACAAGAAGGGAACAGACAGUCUCGUUUCCAUCACCGCUUCCAACAUUGGCGCACUCGACAGCACUCCUAACCACUUGUACUACCCUUACUCCAAGUUCGAUAACAUCAAGAACAACAUGGGAGCUGGCCCCGGAAGCCCUGGUACCGUCGCACCGUCGCCCACCACUACCAAGCCGCCUGUCACCACCACCACUACCAAGCCUCCUGUCACCACCACUACUGCGCCACCAACCACCACCACGAAGCCCCCUACUACCGGAUGUGGCAGCCUCUCCGCAUGGCGCUCCGAUCUCGCUUAUGUUGCCGGAAACGUUGUCUCCUACAAUGGCCACAAGUGGACCGCCAAAUGGUGGAACCAGAACGAGUUCCCUGGAGGAGCGUCCGAUGCCUGGACCGACAACGGUGCUUGCUAA